GCCAAGCAAAUGCAGCGCUCCUCCACCCGAUGAGAGAGACUUGAAUGCAAACCUGUUUUAGGUAGCCCUCGCCGUCCCGACGCCAAGAUGGUUGAACUUUUCCAUCGCCCGGUGAUCCGUGGUCAUGAUGCCUUCUGAUGAAGUGUGUGUUGUGAAGGUUGUGCAAAAGUGCAGAAAAAGAAACACCAAAACAGAAACUAGGGGAGAAACCGCGGCCCCAAAACCGAAAAUGCGAGAAGAAGCAAGCCAGGGCACUGUCAGCUGGGAGGGUAUCCAGGCCACUGAGAUACCAGCAACACAACCCGUGGGAUUCCGGCGCGCGAGCACCAGACAGGCACCAGACAGGCGCCAGAAAGGUGGUGUAUGGCGCACCCGCCUUGUCGUUCAACCUCCAUUGAGACCGCCGUACCAGCUAGUCCCCUUGAACCCUUUCUCUACCUCCGUUGCGAAGAGCUAGAUCAAUCCCGAAAGGUUGACCGACCGGCUAAAGAACCGGGGUCGUCGAAGGCAACUGCGGCCAUCUCCCGUACACCACAACUUAGUUGUUGGGGCACUGAGACUGAACGUGACCGGGCUGCUGGCACUUGUAGCAGAUCUUCUCACCGCCUGUCGACUCCUUGGGGCAGUCGCGCGACAGGUGGCCAGAAACGCCGCAGUUGUAGCACUUGUUGCCGUUCACGCAGUCGCGCGAGAGAUGGCCGAUGCCGCCGCACGAGUAGCAGGUCUUCUGGCCAUAGCCGCCGCCAUAGCCGCCGCCGUAACCGCCGCCGUACGAGGGACCGCCCUUGCUGCAGUUGCGAGCAAUGUGGCCGAUCUCACCGCACUUGUAGCAUUCAGCGCCGGCCUGGCCUCCGCCACCGCCGCUCUGGCACUCGCGGGAGAUGUGGCCGGGCUGGCCGCAGCGGUAGCAAGUCUUGGUAUCCUUGGGGCCCUCGGGACAUUCACGGCUUAUGUGACCCUCACCACCGCAGUUGUAGCACUUAGCCGCACCCUUGUUUGGGCAGUCACGAGCCUGGAAGUAUAGGGUUAGUGGCCGAAAAAGUCACAUCGUUAUUAUCCUAUCUCGUAACCGAUCUCUCCGCACUCGCCGACAGCUUGCAUACCUGGUGAGUAGUUUGGCCGCCU